UUUACUGCCAAUUCUGCUGAUCCUAAUGGCGUCUGUCACCGGCAGCAUCGUGGUGGCAGAAGCUCGUAGUCUCUUAAACCUCAACCCUCGGAACCCACCCCCUCCUCCGCCACCUCCGCCACCCCCGCCUCCCCCAGUAGUGAUUCUUCCGCCGCUGCCAUCAGUACUGCCUCCGGUGAACAUCCCGCCGCUGCCAUCAGUACUGCCUCCGGUGAACAUCCCGCCGCUGCCAUCAGUGACUCCGGUGAGCAUUCCGCCGCUGCCAUCACUGCCUCCGGUGAACAUCCCGCCGCUGCCAUCACUGCCUCCGGUGAACAUCCCGCCGCUGCCAUCAGUGCCUUCAGUGACUCUUCCUCCAGCGAGUCUUCCGCCGCUGCCAUUACUGCCUCCGGUGAACAUCCCGCCGCUGCCAUCAGUACUGCCUCCGGUGAACAUCCCGCCGCUGCCAUCAGUGACUCCGGUGAGCAUUCCGCCGCUGCCAUCACUGCCUCCGGUGAACAUCCCGCCGCUGCCAUCACUGCCUCCGGUGAACAUCCCGCCGCUGCCAUCAGUGCCUUCAGUGACUCUUCCUCCAGCGAGUCUUCCGCCGCUGCCAUCAGUGCCUCCAGUGCGUCUUCCAUUAGUGCCUCCAGUGACUCUUCCUCUUCCUCUUCCUCUUCCUCUUCCUCCACUGCGUCUUCCAGUACUGCCUCCAGUGCGUCUUCCGCCGCUGCCAUCACUGGUGCCUCCGGUGACAAUCCCGCUGUUCCCGCGGCUACCAUAAACGAUGGAGGACCGUACCGCAUUUGAGCUAAGCUCCAUGGCUUGCCGGCCGCCCUAUAUCGUCUCAAAUACUCACUAUAUAUUAUCAUCUUCUCCGAUCCCUUUGCUUUAUAUAAGUAUCCCUCUCUACUACAUAUAAUAUUUUCCUUAUUUUACUUUCUAUGCCCCUCUGUAGUCCGUACCGUACGCACGUAAUAAUAUUGGAAUAAACGGCGAGCCACUUAUAUAUAUA